UCACACUCACACUCACACUCACACUCACACUCACACUCACACUCACAUUCACAUUCACAUCUAACAAAAAGAAGAAUAUCUUCAAGAACAUUCUCCUCUCCUCUCCCUCUUCCUGCACCUCGCCAGAAAUUCCCAUCUCGAUUAAAACGGACCCAAAAGGGAAAAAAGGCGAUUGAUUCCGAAAACGCUUAUUUCACACUAUACCUACUUAUACUUUACUUCACCCACAUCCGGUCCAUCAACCUCUUUUCCUCCCCACGUCUUCAACCCCAACUUAAACCUACAAGUACAACUCUCUCCUCCUUCUCCACCAAUCCCUCGAAUACUUUUCUCUCUCGACCGACCGUUUAUUCAACCUUGCACUCUUCGAUAUUGCCUCCACCAAAUUGAAUCAUUGUCAAGAGAUUCUACACGAUUACACAAAUUCAAUCAUCAACAUAACAAACCAACAUUCCUCCACCAUUUCGCGAUCACAUCGCGACUUCGUGCCGCAGUCGUGCCUUCACUUUCACAACAGCUCGUGCGUUCGAGCAAAUUUUCGAUUCCACAAUACAAUCAUUAUGCCUUCCAGAUUAAAUGCGCCGGUCUUGACCGUUGACGCCGGACUUAUCCAUAAAGUCGACACCAGAAACGUCGAGAACCUCUACAGCAUGUGGACGGUUUUCUCCAGAUGUGCUGGAUCCUUAGAAGAAGGUCAAAGAUUAGAAAACUUAAGUUGGAGAUUAUGGAACAGAGAAACCUUUUGCUGUGAACCAACUUCAGAAGCAAACACCACCACACCCAUCAUUUCACGAUCCUCAAGAAGCUCCGCAGGUCUCGAUUCGAAUAACGUUCCGGAAUUAAGUGGAAGUUUGGAUUCGCUCGUUGACGAAGAGGCCAUCGAAUUCGAAGAAGGUUCCGAUUCUUCUCCUCUCGACAUCUCACACCGACAAAUUCACAGACAAGAUUCUUGCAAUAGCAGAAGUCGAGGAAAGGAACGUCACAUUACACCGGAUGAUCUUGAGAAGAUGGUUAUCACCAUCAAGGAAAAGAAAGAUUUGGCUCCUCUUACAAUCUCUACACCUUACCUUGCGCCACUCGCCGAGAGAAUCCCAGAAUUCAUUCAACCCAAGUAUGAAUCACCCGCCAUGCCCUCAGAUGAGUCUUUCUCAAUCAACUCACCACAUCAAUCUGCCACCAUGGAAUCAUCAAGCAGUAACUCUGAAAAGAGUGCCACUUCAGUUGUCAAGGGUUUCUCUCUCUCCCCCGCACACGUCAGCAGUUCCAUGCGUUCCAUCCCACUCAACACCGUACCAUCCUCAAUACCAACUGCCGAUAUUCUCGCCACGGAUUCAAAAGCACUUGCACCCAAGAAGAAGCAAAUGUUCGCUCUUGGUGGAUCUUCCGGUGAAGACUCACUCAGUGAACAAGCCGCUUCCAUGGAUGACAAACCAUUAACCCUCCAACAAAAGAAGAAGCCAGCCAAAUUCAGCUUUGGUGGAUCAUCAAACGAAGACGAGAGCUCGCUCCCAAACAGAAUGCAACCACGUAGUGCAUUAACGGACAAACUUCAAAAGCCUUUGGCCAAGAAGCAAACCUCUUUCCAAGAAGAGGUUGCCACUAGAACCAUUCAAGAAGAAGCAUUCGAUGACGAUGUCUUUGAGACAGAUGAUGAGGAUGAUGUCGACGAAUCUGCCAUUGACGAUGACGAUGAUUCUUCUGAUUGGGAAGAUUCAGUUGAGGAUUCUGGAAACGCAAGUAUCGAUGACAAGACCUUCUUUCAACGCGUUGAUUCAAGACCUCAACUCACCUCCAGACGAUCAUUGAUCACUACCAUGCUUCACCAAAACGAUCGUGCUCAAGCACUUGCCACCGAAGCUUCUCGAUCGACUCCAGCUCUUCGAAGAUCCCGCAACUCUUCACCAAAUGGUCCUUCCCUCGCAGCAUCACCGGAAUCCGAUGAAACCCCUCUGAUGAUGAGAGGACUCAGACCAAUUGCUGAAGUUCCUCGUGGAGCUCAACCUAUUAUCAAGACAACCACCAACACUACCGCACAUCAACAAGCACUUUCACCAAGAACUACCAGAAGAAACAUGCUUGCAACUGAAUUGACUGUCAGUCUUCGACAAAACCUCCUUUGGGAAAGAAGACAAAAGUCAUCAGUCAAUGAAGCUGCUGCAGCUCUCAAACGAAGACACACUGCACAUGAUGUUGCAAACCUUAAACAAUACCCAGAGAAUGUUUAUAUGGACAAGGAUGAUCAAGCUCUCAACUCAAGCUGGAAUCAAUAUUUCAGUCAAGGGUUGGGAGAAUAUCAUUCCAAGGGAUGGUAAAUUUCUGAACAAUACUACGUGUUAGUCGCAUAAUGUAAUGGGUUAUCUGCGCAUCGAGUAAACAACAUCAGUAUACAACAAUUUAUACGUUUGACUUGUAUUACCUUUUGGUAAUUAUAAAGUCUUACAUCGACUUCACAGUCAAAACUGCAUUCAUCGUCAUGGAGUUUCUUGGCAUAGAAACAAGACGUGUGGAAUUUUUACAUGGUCAUAGCAUUGGGCACGAAUUAAUGUCUUUUUGCUUUUUUACUUUGCAUUAUAGCGAAUGUUUUUACAAUCACAGGAUCAAGGAGGGGUGGGAUAUUUGUCUGUUUUUUUUUUUUUUCCCUUUCUUUUUUUACUUUUCUUCUUUUACAUAUUCACAUAGCGACUUGGAAGAAAAAGGUCAACAACUUCCACACAUAUUUGGGGGGAUGGAAAGAACACUGGUAUGGGAAUAAACUGGUAUGGAAUGGGAAAUUAUGGAUCGGUGUUCUUUUGCGUCUUUUGCGUCUUUCUUCAUUUUACACAAAAGCUUUUUUCGAGGAAAAGUGUUAUGAAGAAAACUGAAUGGUUUCUUUUUCAAAGAAUGUUUUGAUACCAGCGGAUUUUAUUUCAACUGGCGUUGGGAUGAUACCACAUAAUGGAUUUUUGAGAAAGUCCAUGGGAUUUUUUUUAUUUUUCAGUUCAAGCUUUUCCUCUUUUUGAGAGAAUAAGAUCAUGAACUUUCGAGAGGAAGCAUGAAUCUUUGUAUAUGAUCUGAAUGGAUGGGAACUGGAAUGGAAGGAUAGGCAGUGGAUGAUAUAAAAGUUUAGGGGGAAUGGGAAUACGGGAACAAUUGUAUUAUGACUUGCAAAAUGAAAGCAAGCAGAUUAGAUAGUUUUUAGUGAGAGGAUAGGGGGGGAGGGGGGAAGAAGAGAAUAAAAAAAUAA